UUAAUUUUAAUCAAAAGUUAAAUUUAUACUAAGAGAAACUGUGAACAAUAAUGGCUACCUCUCAACUAAGAACUUGUAUAUUCAAAUUUAAACGUACACAACUCUAUCAGCAGUCUAUUAGAACAGUAGUUAGUGAUAGUAACAAUGAAAAGUUUGACGUCAUCGUCGUUGGAGGUGGGCAUGCUGGGACGGAGGCAUGUUCUGCUGCAGCUAGAAUGGGCGCCAAGACUUUGCUCGUUACUCACAAAAAGAGCACUGUCGGUGAAAUGUCUUGUAAUCCAUCGUUUGGUGGAAUUGGAAAGGGUCAUCUGAUGCGAGAAGUUGAUGCACUAGAUGGAGUUUGUUCUCGCAUUUGCGAUAAAUCAGGAAUACAUUACAAAAUACUGAAUCGAAGAAAAGGACCUGCAGUGUGGGGUCUUAGGGCCCAAAUAGAUAGAGGAUUAUACAAAGAGCAUCUGCAAGCUGAAUUGUUUUCCACAGAAAAUUUACACAUAUCUGAAUCACCAGUUGAAGAUCUCAUACUACAAGGAGAUUCACCUAAGUGCUGUGGUGUUAUACUCAAAGAUGGAACCAAGGUGUUUGGAAAGUCUGUUGUCAUUACAACGGGAACUUUUUUAAAGGGCCAGAUUAACAUUGGUUUGGAAAAGAGACCAGCUGGGAGAUUGGACGACGAGCCUAGCAUUGGUUUAGCGAACACACUUGAAGCCCUUGGAUUUAGAAUGGGAAGGUUAAAAACCGGUACCCCUCCAAGAAUCGUGAAGUCUACUAUCGACUUUACGCAGUGCCAAUACCACGCUGCAGAUAAUAGGCCAGAGCCGUUUUCAUUUAUGAAUGAAACUGUGUGGAUAAAGCCAGAAGAUCAGCUGCCCUGUUAUCUGACAUAUACUGGAGAAGCAGUGGCUAAAAUAGUUAGAGAUAAUCUACAUUGCAAUAGACACGUCACUGAAGAAGUAACAGGUCCUAGAUAUUGUCCAAGCAUUGAGAGCAAAAUUCUUAAGUUUGCAACUAUGAAGCACCAAAUUUGGCUUGAGCCAGAGGGACUUGAUUCACCGUUGAUGUAUCCAAGCGGUCUAUCUUGCACUUUACCGGCAGACAAACAAGUCGACCUUGUCAGAUCUAUGAUUGGUCUGGAAAAUGCCGAAGUAGCUCAACCAGGAUACGGUGUAGAGUAUGAUUACAUAGACCCAAGAGAGUUGACUUACAAGUUGGAGACUAAAAGAGUUGAAGGACUCUAUUUAGCUGGUCAAAUAAACGGGACUACUGGUUACGAAGAGGCCGCAGCUCAGGGAAUAGUUGCUGGAGUAAACGCAGCUGCCAAGGUACUGAACAAACCGCCGCUUAUAAUUAGCCGAACUGAGGGCUACAUCGGUGUUCUAAUAGAUGAUCUUAUCAGUCAAGGAACAUCAGAGCCUUAUAGGAUGUUCACAAGCAGAGCAGAAUUCCGUUUGAGUUUACGGCCAGAAAAUGCAGAUCAGAGGCUAACCGAGAAAGGUUAUAUCUCAGGAUGCGUAUCGAGGGAAAGGUUAACGAGAAUGCAGAAUAUUCGAAGUAAACUGAGAGAAGCUGAAGAUCUGCUGAAGUCUGUUAAACUAUCAGUUGAGCAGUGGCAAAAGAAAUUGGGAAUUAAUAUCGGCAAAAAUUUUUCAUGCAGAACGGCUUAUAAUAUUUUGAGCAUAACGAACUAUGAUGUUACCGUCGAUGAUUUGCAGAAAUGUUUGCCGGAUCAAUUACCUGGACUGGAAAACGAUCCUGUAUUACAUAAUAGACUAAAGAUCCAAGCAAUAUAUGCGACGGCAGUGGAAGAUCAAAUGCAUGACGUCAACGAAGUAAGGAAGCACGAGGAAAUGCUUAUUCCCUCGGCAAUUGACUAUUCACUAUCUACCUUGAGUUUCUCGACCGAGGAGAUUGAGAAGCUGAUGAUUGCUCAACCUCAAACUAUAGCCGCAGCGAGUAGAAUACCUGGAGUUACACCAUCGGCAAUACUGCGAUUGUUGCAUUAUGUGAAACAGAAACCUGACAUUGGGUCGAUGCAGAGCACUGCAGCGCUUUGACGAACUGCAGGCUAACUGGAAACGAGGGUUACGUUAACUUCAUUUUACAAACAAACAAAUACAAUUACAUACACUGUGUACUAGUGUAGUAGGUGUAUUAUAUGUAAGCUAUAGGCGUAAUAAAAUAUUGUAAAUUGUAAGAUAAUAUUGAAGAAAGAUAUAAAAUUCUAAAGAAAAACUUUUAAUCGCUUUUUAUUGAAUAAACGUAUAUACCGUAACAUGUAAAUACUGUUUAUAAUACAUCAUAGGAAUGGUGUGAACAAAUCGAUACAUUAUUCGUGAUUCGUGAAGAAGCCAAGUGGUACACCCGUUAUUACCACUGUAUUUUCAAGAAGAUUGCAAUCAGAUUACAGGGUGCGUUUGCUGAAAUUCGACAAUUAUUGAUACUCGACUUUUUCAAUUAUCCUGAUGUGUUACAAAUUUAAGGUAUGGACUUACGUGUGUGUAUAUUAUGAUCCUACGUAACGGUUUACAAAUUUUUCUUCUGAUUUAUAAAUAUGUUUCAUUUAUAUGUUAGUAGUAUUCUUUGUCCUUAUUUAUUUAUUAGUGUUAUUGGUACAUACAACCACUGUAUACAUGUAUGUUACGCAUAAUGUGUAUUAUUAUCACUACAUUUUUUACUUGUGAAAGCAAUUUUCAAACAUUUUUAAUCAUGUGUCAAAAUAAGCUCGACAGCAAUUUUAAAUUUGUAACAGGCUUUAAAGUAAUAGCGCAGUAUACUUUGGCUAGACGUGAGUAUAACGGAUGAAUUUUUUGAGAAUUGAUAUCUCUUUACUUGAAAGCUUAUCAUACUAUGUAUAUGUAUGAAUAAUAUUCAGAACAUUUAUUAACACUUAAGUGCUGCCUUGUUUACUUUCAUGUUCGUCUCCAUAUGUGAUUCAAUGACCAAAGAAAAUUCGUAUAUGGUAUCCUUAAGGGCUUAUGCGAUUACUGUAAUACAUAUUAUCUUGAUUUUUUCCCCUUUGGCUAAUUAUUCUUAUUUUCUCUUGAAACUGUGUAGUUUGUAACGUUGUGAAAAAUUUAUUACAGAAACUUAUCCUAUACGUACACCUUAACAUCAAUGUUGUUUUAAAUAUCGACCGGAAUUAAUUACUGGCAAGCCACCGUACAUUUAAUAUACAUAUAAAAUGACUAAUCCUAUAUGAAGUAUAUAUGUAUACGACAGAAAAGAAUUUGG